CCGCGCGCGCCGUUUCUUGCGCAGUCGCGGCCCGGGAGGCUCGGCUGCUGAGGCGCGCUCGGCGGCUGGCCGCGCGGCCGGGGAUGUUCCAGCGGGCGCGAUGGCCCCUGCCAUGCAGCCGGCCGAGAUCCAGUUUGCUCAGCGGCUGGCGUCCAACGAGAAGGGCAUCCGGGACCGGGCGGUGAAGAAGCUGCGCCAGUACAUCAGCGUGAAGACGCAGAGGGAGACAGGAGGUUUCAGUCAAGAAGAACUUCUAAAAAUAUGGAAAGGGCUCUUCUAUUGCAUGUGGGUGCAGGACGAACCCCUUCUGCAGGAGGAGCUAGCGAACACUAUUUCCCAACUCAUCCAUGUUGUUAACAACUCAGAGGCUCAGCACCUGUUCAUUCAGACCUUUUGGCAAACCAUGAAUCGGGAGUGGAAGGGAAUAGACAGGCUGCGCCUGGACAAGUUCUAUAUGCUGAUCCGGCUGGUCCUGAGGCAGUCCUUUGAAGUUCUGAAGCGAGAUGGCUGGGAAGAAAGCCGAAUCAAGCUUUUCCUAGAUGUCCUGAUGAAGGAGAUCCUGUGUCCCGAGAGUCAGUCUCCUAAUGGAGUGAGGUUCCACUUCAUCGAUAUUUAUCUGGACGAGCUCUCCAAAGUGGGAGGGAAGGAGCUUUUAGCAGAUCAGAAUCUCAAGUUUAUUGACCCAUUCUGUAAAAUCGCCGCCAAGACUAAGGACCAGACCCUGGUGCAGACUAUAGCUAGGGGCGUUUUUGAAGCCAUUGUAGACCAGUCUCCUUUUAUACCUGAAGAGACAGUGCAGGAACAGAAGACAAAAGUGGGUGACAGUCACCUCCCUGAGGAAGAGGCCCCUGAAAAUGAGAUGAUGUGGAGAAAAGCAGCCUGUAAGAAGAAGACAGCACUGGGCAAGAAUCACUCCAGAAAAGACGGACUUGGUGAUGAGAGAGGAAGAGAUGACUGCAGAGCCUUAGAGGACACUGGGCCCCUUCUCCAGUUUGACUAUAAGGCUGUUGCUGAUCGACUCCUGGAAAUUACCAACAGGAAAAACAUCCCUCCUUUCAACAGGAAGCGUCUCUCCAAGCUAAUCAAAAAAUUCCAAGAUCUCUCUGAAGCAGGCAGUAUAUCUCAACUUAAUUUUGCUGAGGACAUUUCUGCUGAUGAAGAGGACCAAACCCUCAGUCAAGGAAGGCAAAAGAAAAAAGGAAGUAGACUUGUAGAAAAGGCCGACUUGGAAAAGGAGAAAGGGAACGUAGUCUUUGCUGCAGAGAAAGAGGGCAGUGAAGGCAGUAUUCAAAAGAGAAAAAGGAAAAAGAAAAGGAAGAACCACCCCCAGCCUGAAAACUCAGGCCCAGGCGAUGAAGUCCCGUCCCUAGAACAGAAUGGCGGCUCGUCCAGCACUGGGGAGGAGAGCGGCUCAGAGCACGCCCCCUCCGUCCCCAUGCACAACAGAAGGAAACGGCCGCGGAAGAAGAGCCUAAGGGCCCACAGGGAGACCUUGGCAGUGUCACCUCUGGAGGACAUGUCCCAGAGCAGCCUGAGCAGCGGACAUCCACAGGCACCUGCCUCCAGAGGUUCCCCAACAGAUGGAGUCCAAGUUCUGAAAAGGAAGCGGAAACUCGGAGCUCCCCCAGUCAGUGGUAGUGGCCUGGCCACGCUGGCCUGGCCCCCGGUGCAGAAGGAAGGCCCAGCAGAGGCGGGGAGCAGCCAAGCCAGCCUGCCCCAGUGUGGGAGGCUGCAGAAAAAAAAGGCAGAGCCCAGCAGCUGCAAGCUCUAUGACCUGUCCAGUCAGAAAACAGCAAUCUUGAAAAAGAGGAAGAAAAUGAAAGAGAUGUCGAACUUGGUAGAACACAAUGGAGUGUUGGAAUCCACAGUCAGGCCAAGCCAAGCUCUGGGAGGCAGCGACACUGUCAGCCCCUUGAAGAAGAAGCAGCUGAGGACAGAGAACGACUUUGUGAAGUUUGACACCCCCUUCCUACCAAAGCCCCUGUUCUUCAGAAAAGCCAAGAGCAACACUGCCACCUGCUCUCCAGGUCCUGCCGUCCAGCUAAACAAGACACCAUCCAGCUCCAAGAAAGUCACCUUUGGGUUGAACAGAAACAUGACUGCAGAAUUCAAGAAGACAGACAAGAGUCUCUUGGUCAGCCCCACAGGCCUCUCCCGAGUGGCCUUCAACCCCGAGCAGAAGCCCCUGCACGGAGUGCUGAAGACCCCCCCCAGCUCACCUGCCAGCACCCCCCUGGUGACCAAGAAGCCGCUGACUGCCACUCCAAAGAGGAGGCCGACUGCUGUGGAUUUCUUCUGAGGACCGCAGCAGAGUCUCUUUUUAAAGACUGCUUUUGUACAGAAUAUUCUAUAAAUUAUAACUUUAAGAACGUAGGGCCUUUUUAUCAUUUUAUAAGUUCCUGUAACUGGUGUAAACGAGGUUCUGAAGGUGAGCUGCUGGUUGCUCAUCCCUUCCACUGGGAGCCACGGGUUCUCCGUGGAAUCUCACGCUACAGACAUCGUGCUUAAGCUCUCUGGGAUUCCACAUUUUGGGGUAACUUCAGUGAUUCCCAUUAGUGUAGGAACUGAGACCUUGUAUGAAGCUGAGGAGAGCCCCCUGAUCUAUAACUUUCAAUAAAUUGAU